AUGCAUCAUCAUCAUCAGCUGGUGGAGGUGGAAGUGGAGAGUCCUCCCAGGGAGUCCUCCAGACUGGCUGCUCGCCCGGUAGCAGCUGGAGCAGGUGCUGCUGAACCUCCUGCAUAUGCCGAGAUCGGGCCUGCUCCCUCUCGAUGCGAGCCAGGGUCACCCCCUGCUGGGUCUCCAUCCGAUCAAGACGUUCAUCAUAAGCAGCCAUCUGGGUCUGGUACUCGGCAUGGUGAGCCGAAUACUGCUGCUGGAACUGGCGCUGAUGAUCGAAGAGCUGCUGAUUCAGGAGACGCAGCUGCUCGAACUAGUGAGCGAAGUAGUCCUGGCCGGGGAAAGUGGAACUUCCACCCCCGUACUCGAAGGUGGUGGGGCGGCCGGCAGCAGUAUCAUCCACAUCCUUGGGGUGGACAUCCUCAUCAGCCGCAUCCUCAGGAACCUCCGGCUGGUCCUCCGCUGGGAUCUGAGGUUGAGGAAACCCCUCGAUCCACUUAA